AUGACACCACGUUACACAGGCUGUAAUAGCAAUUGUUUACUUACCGUUUUCACGUAUCCUACAGGAAAAAUGAUUAUACGAUUUCGAAGUAGGCUGGGAAUGUCCCGUGCGGAAUUCCAACCUACAGACACAUUGCAAACGUUAAAGGACAGCGUUUUGUUUAAUGUUUUGAAAAAUCAAUACACCGCUGAAAGCGUUUCACUGUGCAAGGAUGAGUCAGACAUGGGUACGCCUUGUUCUCAACUAGACGCGAAAACCCUGCAGGAAACGGGAUUGACGCAUGGAAGCAUGGUUUUUUUACGCCUUGGGUCUCCUAGAGAGCUUCCUGCAUCAACUCCUGUUCCUCCUGGUAAAGAAGGGGUUGCUGAAGUCGAAGUUUCCAAAGCCAACGCUUUAUCGGCUACAAACUCCAGCAACGUUGCUACUACUCAUGUGGCUCAAGAUAAUAUUGAUGAUGCUCUUGAGAUGCAAGAUGGUUUGAUCCCUCGACCUACGACACCGUUUUGUCGACAUGGACCGAAAGGCAUGUGCGAUUAUUGCUCUCCUCUAGAACCGUAUGAUGAGAGUUAUCAACGAGAAAAUAACAUUAAGCACAUGUCUUUUCAUUCUUAUUUGAAAAAGAUAAACUCCAAUAUUAAUAAAUAUGCCAGUGCACAAUCCUUCAUUCCACCGCUGGAAGAACCUUACUUCAAAGUCAAAGAAAAGUGCCCUUCCGGACAUCCUCCCUGGCCUUUGGGUAUCUGCUCAAAAUGCCAACCUUCUACCAUAAUGAUGAACCUGCAACCCUUUCGAAUUGUAGAUCAUGUAGAAUUCGCCUCUCCCGCUAUCGUCGAUUCUUUCUUGAACGCUUGGCGAAGAACUGGCUUUCAAAGAAUUGGUUAUACCUAUGGGCAUUAUGAACCUUACACAACUGUUCCCUUGGGAAUGAAAGCUGUCGUAGAGACUAUCUAUGAGCCUCCCCAGAUUUCCGAAGCGGAUGGUGUUACUUUACAGGAAUGGCCAGAAGAAACUUUGGUUGAUCAAGUGGCUGCGGCUUGCGGACUCCGUCGGGUCGGUAUUAUUUAUACUGAUUUGACUGAUGACGGUAGUGCUACCGGAAAAGUCCUUUGUAAGCGUCAUGCAGAUUCUUACUUUCUUUCUUCUCUUGAGGUUUACAACUCUUCAUACUUCCAAGCGAAGUUUCCGAACCCAAACAAAUGGUCACAAACCGGGUCUUUUGGAUCCAAGUUUGUCACUUCUGUCAUCAGUGGGAAUUCCAACGGUGAGAUUGAAGUCACGUCUUACCAAGUUUCCAACGUUGCCACUUCUCUAUAUAAAGCUGAUUUAAUUCAGCCUAGCGUUGAUCCAGACCGCAUGCUAGUAAAAAGGGAAGAUAAAUCUCGAUAUGUGCCGGAUGUUCUCUAUCGAUACGUUGACGAAUAUGGAAAGCAGGUCUCUAAAAACGCAAAGCCUGCUUUUCCUGUUAGUUUUUUGCUUGUAACCUUGACAGAUGGAUUCCCGGAAGAACCUUCUCCCAUGUUUGCCAAACAUGAUACGACGUUGCCGAUUGCUAUAGAGACCGCCGAUGAAACAGGACGUUUGAGACAGUUAGCAAAGCUUUUUGAUCAUGAUGCUGUACAAGCUGGCAGCCUUUCUAACUUCCCCAUCAUUUUAUUGUUAGCUCAGUUGUCCAUUCUAAAACAGGACGAUAUGGAGGCUUUCGCGAAAUACGCUAUGUCUCCAACUGAAGAAAAUGAAAAGAAUUUGAACGCAAGAGAAAGCUACCAAACUUUGUUGGCUGUACUCUACAGCAGUAUGUGAGACUUAUGCUUGAUAUAUGCGCUUUCUUGAGCAUUUUUUGAGCUUAUGUUGUAAUGGUUUUCAUGGUUUUGUCGAUAAAAAUGAGCAAUUGAGAUGAAGAAGAUGAAUAAAAUUAAUGACAACGACUUUUUUAAAUUUCGAUAUACUAGUUUAAUUGCGGCGAUGGGAACCAUUUUAAUGGAAAAAUACGCAUGAAGAAAAUGAAAAUUAGAUUUAUAUAAGGAAUAGAACUUACAGCGGCAA